AGCCUCCCCCAGUGGGGCAGGCCUGGAGAAGAUAUGCAAUUACAGACUUUUACAUAAUUGUUGAACUUUAUUGAAAAGGUAAGCUGGCCUUAUGCCCUCUCUCCCUGGAGAAUUCACAGAUCAGAGGGCUGUGUCUGUCCUGUCCCCUGCCUGCAGACAGCUGAAACUUAAAAUAUUCUGUGCAAUCUAAGGCUUUUUAACAGUCCUCCAAUAUACCCAGCACAAGGCCUCCCUUGGGAGAGUGUGCCCAUGUAUAACAACACUGAGAUUCAGUUGACUAUCUCUUUAUAUUUCUUCCAUUUUUAGUGAAAAUGGAGUUUGACUGCGAAGUCCUACUCUCUUCAAACUAUAAAGACUAUUGGGGGAAAAUCUCUCUCUCUCUCUCUUUUUUUUUUAAGACAGAGUCUCAAGCUGUCAACCUGGGUAGAGUGCUAUGGCAUCAUAGCUCACAGCAACCUCCAACUGUUGGGCUCAAGCGAUCCUCUUCCCUCAGUUUUUCUAUUUUUAGUAAAGAUGGUCUCUCUUUUUGCUCAGGCUGGUCUCAAACUCAUGAGCUCAAGCAAUCCACCUUCCUCAACCUCCCAGAGGGCUAGGAUUUCAAGCGUGAGCCACUGCACCUGGCCUAGGGAAAAAACUUUUUCCCCAUCUUUAGAAAGGGAUGGCACUAAAGUUUGACCUUUGGCAUCUGUGCUGGUGCUGAUAAUCUGGGCCACCAGCUUCCUAGCUGCUGCUGUGUGUCAAGUCAAUGACCCUAAUCCCAAUCAUGCUUGUGAUGACUCUUAGGGUGGGCCAGCCUCUGCUAGGCAGGACUGGGAAACCCUGGAUGCAGGGCAUAAGGAUAUUUAAGACUUGCUGUUCUGAUCCCUCUGGAUCCCAUGGCCCCUAAGUACCUCAGAGCCACUGACAACUGCUCACUGCCCUUGUAGUCUAGAGAAGUGGAGGGAGCUUUUUCUCUUUCUCCAAAGGUGGGCAAGCAAGAAACAAGGGAAGCUGGUCUUAGCAAACUAGGGUUCUGUGGCCUCUGGAGGCCAUCAAAGGCAGAGAGGGCCUUGGCUUAUGAUUCCAGGGCCUCAGUAAAUCAGAGGCUGGAGGUCAGUCUCAGGCAGGCCAAGAAGGAGUUAACCUCCAAGGAGAACACAGUCUUCUCCCAGACUGGAGGCCUGUGCCCAGCUUUGCUGCUGCCAACUCUGGGAAGAAAUCCUGGGAUCUGUAGUUUUGCCACCACCCGCCCCUGGCCUGCCUGUUUAUCAACACAGGCUUGUAGACUACAGUUCCCAGAAACCUGCAGAGGCUAGGCUUUGGGGAAAGAGGUGGGGUAGGAGGCUGGGUGGCGGCCCGAGGGAGAGGGAAAGGGAGGAGGUGGGGAGAGAAAACUCAAUUCACCCCCUUCCUUUUUAAUUCUUUCUCCUGGUGUGUCUGCUCCACCGCCCGAGCUAAUCCCCCAAAUCCGGUCUCCUAAGCCGCAGCUGCUUCCCUACGCAGUGAUGAAUGGCUCUGGGAGGGAAGGUGAAUUCAUAUUUUAAUUACUGAGGCGCGGUGCUGAGGGAGCAGGGGAGGGGGCUGAGGGCUCAGCUUUGUUCUAGAGGUGCCAAGGGCGCACCCUCCUCCCUGGGUCACUUCUCUUUUGCCCUUUACCUGGAGUGGGGGGUGGCUGGUAAUGAAAGUGGGGGGUGUCUUGCUAGAAGCUCCUCUGCUGCUGCCUUAGGAAGGGAUUUGCUUGUUGGGGGGACAAGGGUAAUACCCUUUUUUUGUUUGUCAGAGAAUUCUGGCAUGUCCCAACACUUGUAUAUAUCUUCCACCCCCCACUGCCGCCCACUUUGAUGGAGGACCUUGCCAAAAUUGGACACACCUAGGAGUUGGUGGUCUGCAAGCCUGGGACCCUGGCUUUCUCUUCAUCUUGGUUUCUAGCCUGCUCUGAGUCCCCUCUUCUUGCUUCUACAUGCUCAAGCUGCCUCUGUCCCACAGCCCCAUUUUUGCCUGAGCUGCUAAGGUGGGAAGACCCCAGAAGGGCAUCUCACAUAAAGAGGAUAUGGGGGGCCAGGCCAAGGGAUGGGGUCUGCAGGAGGCUGGGGAACCCUUGGAGGUUGAGGAGGAUGGAAGCUCUUGGUUCUCAUAAAACUGGCUGAGCAGAAGAUCUGUACCCCCAGAUCCUGGACCAUUUUGGACCCUAGCUGGGGGAGAGCCAGGGCUAACAGCUUGCAGUCAGAUGCAGCCAACUGUGGGAUAGCAGGAGGUUUGUCCAGUGUCCACCCCCCUCUCCUUCCUAUUUUGGGUUUCUGGGGGCUGUUUUUCCAUUUCUUAGUCCCUCCUGGACCGUGGACAUAAAAAUGGAGGUGGAGAGUGGGAGGGGAGUUCCCACCAAGAGCACAGACCAGUGAGGAAUGGACCAGGUGCUAGACGAGAGCCCCACCCCCACAAGUAGGCACAGUAAGAGGAGGGUCAUCAGGACCUGACUUCUCCAGGGAGCAUCCAGCUGGUGCUGGAACAUUGUGCCAAGUGUGAAGGGACAAAGACAGGGAAGAGAGUCUACAGGACUCCUGCCCAGAAAAAGCAGAGAGGAGCAGAGACCACGGCCCUGGCAGAGAGGCUCCCAGGUACCUGCUGGUGGGGAUUCUGAGGGAGGAGGAGUGAAAUGGGAUAGAAUGCUCUGUCCUAUGUCACCCAUUUCAGGGGCUAGCCCAGAGACGUGCAUGCUGCAGACAGAGCCCAGGCUGCCCCAGCACUUAGAGCUAUGCAUCUUACAAUAAGGACCCCUUCAGGCCCUCAGAGAAGCAGAAGGACAAUCAGAGCAUUUCAGAUCAAAGAGCUCAGCAGGAUAACCAGGCAGUCUUCCUGAUACUUUCUACCCUUAGAUAUAAGGACCUGGGACUCCCACAGAGAUAGUCAGCCUGGGCCCCUCUCAGUAGCCCUAGCCCAGCUCCUGAUCAGUUUCAUUCAACUCUCCUCUGAUGUGCAGGCUCUGGUUCCUCCCACAGCCACCCACAACCUUGCUCGGUGACAAGCUGAGCAAAAAAGGAGGUACAGUCCUUUUUUGGACUGUACUUAAGGGGGAGUAUACUUUGCUGUUUUCAAGAAACAACAGGCAUCGGAAGGACAGUGGGGUGAAGGGGAAGAGGAGGAUCUAUGCACCCUAGGACCAAAGCACCUGAGCUGCACCAAGACCUGGGGUGGGGCUGUGAUGGUCAAAGCUACUUACCUGGCUUGUUUUGGAGGUGUGUUCCUUUCCCAGAUCAGCCUUGUUAUGCCUGUCAAUUUCUCCCCAUAUAUUUUUCUAUAAUCAAGGCUGUUUUGUUGAUGGUACCCUUGGCAUAUACCCCCAGCAAAGGAAGUGCAGUUACUGAUUGCAAGAGAACCUACCUGCUCUCCCUGCCCUUCUUCCUAAUCUGGCUAGAAUUCCCAGUGUCCUUUCAGCCUGUCAGGUUAAUGGUCUUAGUGUUGACUAAUUUCCUGGUAUUCUGAAAUGAGGAACUAGAAGCCCAGAGAGAUAUAGCCACUUGCCCAGGAUGACACAGCAUGUCAGCAUCCGAGCCUAGAAUAGAACCCAGGCCACCUAAGCCCCUGUUUGGAUUCCUUUCUCUAGGUUUGUCACAGGAGGGACCCAGAGAUAGCUGCAGUAGAUAGAUCUAGAAAUAUAGUAGUUGUAUCUCGGUUCUGUCUAUAUAUAUCCUGGAGAUUGCUCUCUGCUCACUAUAUAUACUCCACAACAGUGGGUGUGUAAAUGGUGCUGGAAAGUGGGUUAUUAAAUAACCAGCCUACCUAACCACGCUGACUCAAGCUGGGCCUCCUGCCCAUCCAGCUGGCCAGUGGAAAUACAUUGCACCUAUUAAUUACAGCUAUUAGCUAUAUUACCAGGACGUGGGGAGGGUGAAAAAGGGGAGAAUCCUGAUAGGACCUGGCUCUACUGUGGACACUUUGCUUAGUGUGGGCCUCUGCUCUGCUUGGAGAAAAAUGAAGGAAGUUUGUUUACAGGGGCAAUAUCGACCAGACUUGUGCAAGUACCCAGACAGCCACCAUCUGGGCUGUGCCAGGUUCCUGAGAAACAGUGGAACUACUUCGCAGGUGUGCCUUGCAUCGGGGGCCGGGACAUCCUAUGCAGUCUCUAUUGCAUGAGGGGCUGGGGAAGGGAGGUGCCUCGUUCCUCCUUAACCCAAGCCCCUCAAACAGAGCCUCCUGCUCCCCUCCUUUCCCUCAGCACUUGGGCUUCACUUACCUGCCUACCCCAGUGUUCUUCCUGAGAGAAGUGAUUGAGACCAGGCCCAGGAGGCAGGCCUGACCUCCAUCUGGGUGCUUUCCUUUGUUCCCAGCUUCUCUGCUUGAGCUCACUUGAAUGUACUUCUUCUGCCUUCACGACAGCCCCAGGGGCAGAGCAAGGGCAGAGAGGUGAACUGGAAGAAUCUGCAGGUGGCUAAGGGAAACCUAAAUGAGCAUUUGGAGGAAGACAUACUCUGACAGACUAAAGCUGCUCUCCUCAGCCCCCUCCCAGACUGCCAGACUGCCACAGAUGCCAGAGUGGCCCUUGGCUCCUGUGCUGAGUGCUGGGUCAGCCAGAGGUAGAAGGGACAAUGUGCCCCCUGGGACCAAUCCAGCCUCAGCCUCUACCGCAGACUUACUCACGUGCCAGGGGAGAAACUGUAUCUUUACCUUUCUGUACCUACCGCCCAAACCCUUUGCCCAGCAUAGUUGCUAAAUAAAAUAGCUUAAUGGCUAAAAAAAACUCUUUGCUGCCUGUUCUCUGCAAAUCUCAGGGUUUGUGUUGCUCUGAGCAGUUAACGGAAGUGCAUUAAGCUCCCUAUAGGUUUUGCUAAGGGUGUCAGACAACUCGGAGUUGUAUAAGGAAGGGAGAAAUCUGGGACUCCGUUCCAGCUAUCAAAGUAGAGGCUAUGCUGGAUGAAGGAGUUUCCUUGAAUUGCCCAAAAUCCUGCACUAGGAUCACUGGAUGUGUGGCCUAAAGGAGCGAGUGGAACCCCUAACUUGAACUUGUGUUAGGUGGCAUAGCCAAAGUGUAUUUUGAGCCAGCUCACUUCCUAUUCCCCAUCACAGGUGUGUGGUCAGGAGGUGAGGCCUAAGGUGGGAAGGGCCCAAAGGAGGCAGCAGCUGGGCUUCCUCUGUCCUGCCCUGGACUCACUCAGGCUCCAAUUCGAGGGAUGACAUCAGCGCCACACAGAUCAGGAAACACAGAUUUCAAAGAGGCUGUUGUUUGGUGGCCAUCUCUUCCCCUAGCUGGUGUGAAACAGCUCAUAGGGCCUGGGCAGCCUCUGGGAGUGGCAGUGACUCUCUCCAGACCUGGAGUGUUCUGGGAACAUUAACCCCAGCUUGCUUCUCUCUUCCUGCCUUCCUCCUGCCCCUUCCUCCUCCCCUGUCUUUCCCUACAGAUCUCCUCUGGUGAGCAUCCCCCAGCCUGGCCUAGGGCAUGCCCCAGUUCACUUUCGCCUGCUUCUGUGGCCUCCACGGCUUCUGCAAGAUGAAGAGAAAGAAGGAUGAAGCUCACAGACAGCGGGAAACAGCAGUGUGAGCAGAACCAGGGCCCCUUCAUCAGCUCCUAGCAGGACCUGGGCCUGAUGGCGGCCGCUUCCGGCUGGGGCUUAGAGCAGGAAGCCAUGUGUGUACAUCUGAAGUCUUGAUUUAGCUGCCACAGCCUGAUGUCACCUGGAGAGCCUCAGCCUCCUGUGUGCUUCCCGGCCUUCUUCCUUGUGCCCAUACCCAUUAGCUUCCAAUCCUGAGACCUCCCUAGAGAGAGGCUCUGGUCACACAAGGGGAAUCCCAGGAUUUGCCCCCUUGCCUUCCUGAGACUGAGAGGUCCCAUGGGAAGCCAUGGAGUGACAUUUUCCUGCCCUGAGAGAUUGGGGACUGUUCUCAGGGUAACUCCUCCCAAGAGGGUUGUGCUCCCUCAGGCUAGGAGAGCUGUUGCUAAAGGGGAAACUGGCUACUCGAGCAGAGAGCCUCCAGCAACCCCUGACCCUGGGGAGGCCUCAGGUAGGUCAGCAGGGCAGAGCUGUGAGUCAACCACCCCCUAAACCCAGGAUGAAGACUCUCCUGGGACCCUAGGACCAGUAGUGCUCCCAGCUUCCUCCCAGCCCAGGUGGGGCCGGGCCUGAGGUGGCCAGCUGGUCAUGAGUAGGAGGGCAGAGGCACCAGCCCUGCGUCUCUCUCUGCCUCUGCUCUCCCCUGCACACCAGGAAACAGUCUCCUCCAGCCCUUGCCCUGACCCACCCAUAUCCAUAAUGUCUGUGCCUCCUUGGCAGCACCACCGAUAUGGAGAGGCCUAUUCCUCAGGCCCCAACUCCCCUCCUCAGGGACUGUCUGCUGGUGGCCACACUGAAGGACCGUGGACUAAGCCGUGCCCACACUUUGUUCUUCCGUCUCCUUGUCUCACCCCUGCCUCUUCCUUCUCUCCUCAGAAGCCACAGAGGGGAUAUACUUGCGUGUGGUGCCUUCAGGGGAAACUCUUGGGGUAGAAGGACCUCUAGGAUUUUCCUUGACUUUUCCUCUGAUCUCCUCAGAGGAGAUCAGAUCUCCUUGACUUUUCCUCUGAUCUCCCA